CCUGCAUACUUCUCCUCUUUCUCUACCGAAUUCUGCAUUCAUCGACCCAGAGCCGCGGUCUCGUGCCUUCUCCGCCAUGAUCUCCGCGCCUCCUCUGACGCAAGCCCCGGCGGCUUCAAGCUUCGCUCGGGCCUCCCGCAGCUCCUCCCGAAGGGCCACGGUCCGGUGCGCGGUGGCCGUCGCGUCGGCGGCGCCGGCCGGAAGGUGCACGCUGUACGAGGUGCUGGGGCUGCGCGCCGGCGCGUCGGGCGGCGAGAUCAAGGCCGCGUACCGGCGCCUGGCGCGGGAGCUGCACCCAGACGUGGCCGGCGCGGCCGGCGACGACAACUUCAUCCGGCUCCACCACGCCUACGCCACGCUCUCCGACCAGGACGCCCGCGCGCGCUACGACCGGGACGUUGUCGCCAACGCCUACGCGCAGCCGCCCGCCUCCAGGCCGUCGCCGCACAGCUUCUGGGGACGGCCUCGACGCACCUGGGAGUCCGAUCAGUGCUGGUAGACAUAACCAUGACCGACAGCUUUUUGUUCCCGUGAAUACCUCAGGCCACCGGCGCCCUGCGCUCGCUCGCCGACGCCGCUCACCAUAGAAUUUUUGUUACGGUGACCCACCCAUGCGUCUGUACAUGUAACCUCCCUCCCCCCUCUGCUGUUCUGAAUGUGCGUUGCAUCUUCAGAAACACGAUAUGUGUAACAUGUGUUAUCAAUAUGCAAUAGCAGCAGCAAUCUGAUCCUAGAUUUGAGCAAAA